UUCGUUAAUUCCUCUCUCUCUCUCUCUCUUUCAUUCUCUUGUUUCUUGUGAGAAACUGUCAAAAAAAAUGCGCCAGUUAUCACCAACCUCAAAUCCCAAAGUACAAGAUGAGCCCAACAUGUUAGCCACCUUGAUCCCCAAAUCCCCAACAUGUCAACAACAACAACAAAUGCAAAAUCACCAUAAUAAUAAUAAUAACACCACUCAUUUGUCCCUUUCCCUGAACGAAGCCAAGUGCAUAGCCAACAUCUCCUUCUCCAUGGUCCUCACUGGUUUAUUACUCUAUUCCCGGUCCAUGAUCUCCAUGCUCUUCCUCGGCCACCUCGGAGAACUCGCCCUCGCAGGUGGCUCCUUAGCCAUCGGCUUCGCCAACAUCACCGGCUACUCUGUUCUCUCUGGCCUCGCCAUGGGCAUGGAACCCAUCUGCGGCCAAGCCUUCGGUGCCAGAAGAUUCAAACUUCUCGGCCUCACCAUGCAGAGAACCGUUCUCCUUCUUCUCGUAACCUCAUGCCUCAUCUCAUUAUUCUUCUGGCUCAACAUGAGGAAAAUAUUACUCCUUUGCGGCCAAGAAGAAGACAUAGCCAACGAGGCAGAACUCUACAUACUCUACUCUCUCCCUGAUCUUGUACUACAAUCGCUGUUACACCCUUUGAGAAUCUACCUUCGGAGCCAGUCAAUAACGCUCCCUCUCACAUGCUGCGCCGCCGUUUCGAUUCUCCUCCACGUGCCCAUCAACUACCUCUUCGUCUCAAUCCUCAAGCUCGGAAUCAAAGGCGUCGCGUUAAGCGCCGUCGUCACAAACCUCAACCUCGUCUGGUUGUUGAUUGUUUACGUAGUUGUCUCCGGCACGCACAAGAAAACGUGGCCGGGUAUUUCGCGCGAGUGCUUCCAGGGGUGGAAUUCAUGGAAAACGCUAAUGAAUCUCGCGAUUCCGAGUUGCGUUUCCGUUUGUCUGGAAUGGUGGUGGUACGAAAUUAUGAUUUUGCUCUGCGGGUUGUUAGUUAACCCUCACGCAAGUGUGGCCUCCAUGGGGGUUCUGAUUCAAACAACGGCCUUGAUAUACAUUUUUCCGUCUUCUUUGAGCUUCGGAGUGUCCACGCGCGUGGGGAACGAGUUGGGAGCCGGGAAUCCUCGGAGGGCGAAACUCGCGGCGAUGGUGGGCCUAUGUUUCAGUUUUGUGUUCGGGCUUUCUGCUUUGGCGUUCGCAGUUUCAGUGAGGAAUGUUUGGGCUUCCAUGUUCACACUCGAUGGACAAAUCAUUGCUUUGACGUCAGCGGUGUUGCCGAUUAUUGGGCUUUGCGAGCUCGGGAACUGUCCCCAGACGACGGUGUGCGGCGUCUUGAGAGGGACAGCGAGGCCCAAAUUGGGGGCCAACAUAAACUUGGGUUGCUUCUACCUCGUUGGAAUGCCCGUUGCGGUGUGGUUGGGCUUCUUUGCAGGGUUUGACUUCAAAGGGUUGUGGCUGGGGAUGUUGGCGGCGCAAGGGUCGUGUAUGAUGACGAUGAUGUUCGUGUUGGCAAGGACCAAUUGGGAGGGUCAAGCGCUAAGAGCUAAGGAGCUCACAGACUCUGAUUCUGGUGAGGAGAAAAAUCUAAUGGAAGAAGAAGAACAGGAGGAGGAAGGGUUUUUGGGAUCUUGUGCCACCAAAGAAGGUUCUGUUUAAUUUGUCACAAGUCACAACAAUACAUAGUCUCCGCAAGGAUUUAUUACAAUUGAAGAUUGGUCAGAAGAUUAAUUUAGUUAUUCUUCUAUACAGUGGAUUAUUAUUUUUUGUUCACAAAAAACAAAACUGAGGACAGGAGAAUGGUAGUUAUUAUUAGAGAUUGUAAGGUGAAAACAAACCUAGAGA